GUCUGAGCUGUCAGUGGAGAAUGAACGUCAAGGGCAGCCUCCUCCUCCUCCUGCUGGUCAGUGUGUGCUCAGCCUACGAUGAGGAUGAAGAGCUCGCAGACUCUGUGCUGAUCAGGAAGAGCAGAGGAGCCCCCCAGAGCUCAGAAGUUAUUCGUUGCCUGAAUGGAGCAUUGACAGUCGGUUGUGGAGCCUUUGCCUGCCUGGAAAAUACAACCUGUGACACUGACGGCCUCUAUGACAUCUGCAAGUCCUUCUUGUUCAAUGCUGCCAUGUUUGACACCCAGGGCAAGGUGUUUGUGAAGGAAAGCCUUAAGUGCAUAGUUGGUGGUAUAACCUCAAAGGUGUUCCUGGCUAUCAGAAGAUGCUCCAAUCUACAACGGAUGAUUGCUGAGGUACAAGAGGACUGUUACUCUAAGCUUGAGAUUUGCAGUAUUGCCCGUCACAACCUAGAGGCGAUCACUGAGGUUGUGCAUCUACCACAGCAUUUUUCCAACAGAUAUUACAACAAACUACUGAGCAGUCUUUUGGAAUGUGAUGAAAGGACAGUCACAGCUGUGAAGAACAACUUGAUGAAUCAGAUUGGACCUAAUCUGGCCAGCCUGUUCAAAACCCUUCAAGGUGACAAGUGUUUCCAAGUCCAACCCAAAAUAGACUUUAAUCGUAAGAGAAAUGUUGAUCCACAGAAACUCCGAGUGUAUCUCAGUAGCUUCAGAAACGAAGACCUUGGAACUCUCUCUUCUACCCAAGACUCAUCAGAAGAUUAUUAGCAGUAAUAAAGCUUGGGGAAUAAGAAUGACCAUGACCAGAAAAAGUGUUAGAUGUAGCUCAAUUAGAACACUUCUCAGUUAUUUUGUUGAGUAGCCUAAUUAUUAGCUUUCCUCAACUUUCUACAUAAAUAUAUUGGAUGAUGGUCUCCUAGUAUAGUGAAUAAUCUCUUUUUUUCAGGUAGCAGUUCUUAUCUGCCCCUUUUCAUGGGAACAUAAUGCAUGAUUUACCCACCUAAAAUAUGACCCCAAAUUGGGUAUCUGUCAGAUAAUCUAGAUUAUUGUCUAAGACAAAAAAAAUAGAGACACCUUUUCUAUAUACUUACCUUAACGAGGUUGUACAGGAAUUUUUUAAAAUUCUCCUUCCACCCGGGAGUACCUGUCAAGAGAUCUAUACUUAGCUGCUCCUGCUCCACGCCGCUCAAUUCUGGAUCCCAGGAUGUCAACUUCAGCAUGGAUAGGGUCACAUGCCCUGCUGAAGCCAGCCACUGGCUUCAGUUGUGAUAUAAUGCCAAUCAGCUGCAGUGGUACACGUGACCCUGUCUGUGCGGAAUUUAACAGGUGGACCGGAACUCCAGUGAAGACUGCCUGGGAGCCACUAAGCCAGAAUGAAGCAGCAGAAAGCAGGUAGGUAUAGUUCUCGUAACUGGUGUGUGUCUAGGGGAAUAAAUUAAAAAACCUGGACAACCACUUAAAAAUUUUGCUUAGUCUUUUGCAGGGGCGUCGUUAGGUCAAAACAUUCGGGGCUUGAGCCCCGGAUGUUUUGACCAGUGCCCCGAAUGUAUUGCUGCCACUGGCAGGGCCGGCCUGUGCUCUGAGUCUUCUGCACUACACCGGCCCCGCCGAUCAUGUGUAAAUAAUCCUAAUCCGCCACGGCGCCGCCUGCCCUGUGCCUGAGCGCAGAUUUAACUUAACUUGAUAAAUCAUCCGCCGAUUCUGCGGCCGGCUGCUCAUCUCACUAGAUUGCACUGCAGCUCCGCCUCCGGUAACAGCAGGCAGUGCGGGCGGCACUCGCUCACUGACGUCAGGCGCCUGCUACUCCCACUAGGCGGCGCAGGCGCGUGACGUCAGUGAGUGAGCGCCGCCCGCACUGCCUGGAUCUGAUUAGCUGAGACUCUGAUGUCAGUAAGACUAGGUCACUAUACUAGGAUUAUUACAGUUUAAAAUCAUGUACAGUUGUACACUCCGGUGAGUGGAGGUGAGGGGGAUCUGUGGAUGGCACUGUUAUGGGGAGGGGGAUCUGUGGUGGAUGGCACUGUUAUAGGGAGGGCUGGGGGAUCUGUGGAUGGUAUGGCACUGUAAUGGGGAGGGCCGGG